AAGUACAACAAAACUGAAUAUUAAUGUAAAAAAAUACCACAAAACUUGAUAUUAAUGGAAAAAAAAAGUACCACAAAACUGGAUCUUAGUGUAAAAAAGUACCACAAAACUGGAUAUUAGUGUAAAAAAGAAGUACCACAAAACUGGAUAUUAGUGUAAAAAAGUACAACAAAACUGGAUAUUAAUGUAAAAAAAAACAACACAAAACUGGAUAUUAAUGUAAAAAAAAAGAAGUACCACAAAACUGGACAUUCGUGCAAAAACAUACCAUAAAACUGGAUAUUAAAGUGACAUCAGGUCACUCAUUAACCUGGUUAACCGUUUAAGCUGGCUGUGUUUUGGCCCCGCCCCCUCACAGGUAUGCCCUCUCUCUCACCUGUCCUGUUCUACCUGAGUUCCCUGCAUGUUUGUGGCUUCAUUCCCUGCUUCAGUGUCCAGGUGUGUGUCUCACCUGUCUGAGAUGUUGGAGGAGUCGGUCGGCCUCGGUGCCGUCACCGUGCUGGGCGUCCUGGAGUAAGCUUAUUUCUCCCUCCAGGUGAUUUACGCCAGGAGGAAGUAUUCGGUUUCUCCUCCCUCCACCGCUGGACCGCCGGAGUUUGAGAGGAUCUUCAGAGCUCAAGCAAACUGUUCCGAGUAUUUUCCCAUCUUCAUCACCAUGCUGUGGACGGCCGGACUCUUCCUCAGUCCAGGAGUGUCUUCAGUCUGUGGUUUGCUGUAUUUAUACGGACGCCUCCUUUACUUCUGGGGAUAUUCCGAGUCUGCACACAGACGUCUGGCUCCGCUCUACUUCAGCGCUCAGGUUCUCUGGGUUCUCAUCGGCUUCUCGUCUCUCGGAGUUUUCCUCACGUUCUGCAGAGUUUACCUGAAGGUGGACGUCCUGCUGGAGCUCUGGACCGCCGUCGCCCCCUACUGACCCGGAGUACAAACCGUAAAAAUAUUCAACUGUCUGAAUCAGGGGUGUCCAACAUGUGGCCCGCGGGCCAAAAGCGGUCCUCCAGAGGGUCCAAUCCGGUCCACUGCAGAUUGUAAAUGAGUAAAACUGUAAAUUUAAAAUCAUUUCUAGACCAUGACAAGUUGUUUGGAUCAGAAAGUAAAAUGCUAGAUUGUUCAUUGUUCUUUUGUCAUUUAAUUUUUGCAAUAUAUUGUCGUUUUUGUUGUUUUUUGUCGUUUUAUGUCUCACUUUUGUCGUUUGUCCAUUUUUUGACACUUUGUUUCUCGCCUUUUCAUUUUGUGUCUCAUUUUUGUAAUAUUUUGUCUUGUUUUUGUUGGUUUUUGUCUUCUUUUGUCUGACUUUUGUCGUUUCUCCAUUUAUUUAUCGACACAAAACGAUGAAAACAGGAAACAAAACGAGGGGCGAGACAAAAGAAAAAUGUAAUUUUAGGGGGAACACCAGACUUAUUUGGUGUUUUAAAAUAUUUUCAAACAUUCUUUUGUCCUAGUUUUUUUAGAUUUGGUCUCAGGACAAGAACAUUUACACAACGACUGCAUGUUUUAGGAUGUUGUUUGAUGGAUGGGACGUAAAAUGUCCUCCAGUUCUGGAAUGACUCAUACAUACAUAAAACACGCCUGUGCUCAGGUCAUUGUGUUUGUGGGAACAUCUAUAUUAAAUGGACACAUUCUAUUUAGUCGUGAUUUCUGAUCAUCAAUAACUAAUAAACAAAUGCUGCGUUUCUGACACAUGGGGGAAUGAGCAGCCUUGGAGGAGGACUAAGCAGCCUUGGAGGAGGACUGAGCAGCCUUGGAGGAGGACUGCUCUCUGAGUGAUUUUCUAGUUAUUGCAUCAUUUGUAAGUUUAAACCUCAUAGUAACGUUUCAUUGACAUGUACAGUGGAAAGAAAAAUGAUGUGAACCUUUUGGAAUUUCAUGGUUUUCUGCAUUAAUUGGUUCUAAAAUGUGAUCUGAUCUUCAUCCGGGUCACAAAUAUAACGAAGCUAAAAUAAUAACACAGAAACUAUUCUGA